AAAUAAAAAAAAAAUAAUGAAUUCCAACCAAAACUUAUUCCUUUUUCGGCCACCAAAUUUAAGCAUAGACCAGAUAAACAAAUUAUCGAAAAUAAAAACUUAUGAUUAAUACAUAAUUAAAUAUACUUUUAAAAAAUUAGUUGGAAAAACAGAAACUAACAUGAUAUGAAAAAUAUAAUAAUAAAAUACAUUAUAUAACUUGGACUUAUUGAAAAGUUUAAUAAAUAUUAUUAAUUUAGUAAAAAAUUUAUAAUAAAUUUUAAAGAUAAAAAAAUACAGAAAAAAUAGAGAAGUCUAUAAGAACGAAAAGUAAAAAAGAAAUCAUUUACAAUAUCACUUUUUCCAUUUCUUCAAACCUAACCCAAAGACAAAAAAAAAAAAGUAAAUCUCAUCCACAUUUUUUUUUCCUUUUUGGUCAUUAAUUAAGCUUAAAUUUAGAGAAAUUAACAAAAACAAAAAUAAAUAAUUGGAACCACAACCAGUGGUUAAUAAAUAAUUAAGAUAAAUAUCUUACAAACCAAUUGGAGAAAAAAAAAUAAGAUAAUAUAAAAAAUAGACAACAAAUAAGUUAGUAAAAACUACAUAAUAUAACUUGAUUUGGUGUAAAAAUUAGUUAACAAAAAAUAAUUUAGUAAUUUAAUCCAAGAUAUAUAAACUUCGAGAACAAAUAGAAAAAAUCAUAAAAACAACAAAGAAAAAGAAAUGGUUUACAAUAUUAUUUUUAAACGUUUCAUCGUCAAAUUCCGACGAAGAAAAAGAAAGGAAAACUCACUAGAAUUUCUUUCUUUUGUGGGUGCCAAGUUCAAGCUUAGAGAAAUUAACGUCAAAAAUGAUAUAAAAAGCACAACCAAUGAUUACUACAUAAUCAAAACAUAAUAUUUAAAAUAAAAUAAUAAGAUAUAGUAAAUGAAAUAAUUAAAAAAAACAUACAUAUUACUAUCACUAAAGCAUAGACAUACUUCUAAAGAAAAAAAAAAAUAGCACCACAAACCGUCGCUUGCACUUUAAAAUUAAGUAAAUAGUUGUAAAAUCCAGAAGAACACCAAAAUACACAACAACCCUACAAAGAACACGAUAAGAACAUAUAUGAUAGUGGAUCACACAUAAGAAAUCAAACAAUAUAAAGUAACUACACUGUCUUAUUCAAUUCAAAGAAUCACAACUCUAUUCUUAUGCAAUUUAUUCAACCGCAAUGACUUCAUCUCUGAGUAUCGUAACAUCCUGUAUAAGCAAAGAUCACACAUAAGUAAGUGUUCACUAAAAUAUAUAACCAACCCAUUGAAACUAAAGAUAAAUAUUAAUUUAAACACUAAACUAUGCUAAAUUUCUGCGUUUUGCGCGGGCUCACUUGUCUGUAUAGUAAUCCGUUUGCAUUGUGCAUAGUACCGCAUAGUUAAAAAGUUCAAAACUAUUAUUCAAAUCAUUUAUUGAUUACUUUGUGUAGGAAGUCGUCUAGCAACUGACAUAUGGUCUUAUUAGUUUAAUCAUUUCUUUAUCAAAUUUCAAUAAAGGUUUAAUUUCAUAUUGGAACUGAUAUAUUUUAGAUGUGUUUGUAAAGUAAACUUUUUUAUUUUAAUCAAUGCUUUAGUGGUGGUUUAUCUGUAAUUUUGACUUUUUGGUAGGGAUGAUGAAGCUGAGAUGAUCGAAAAAAUUGCCAUUGAUGUUUCAAACAAAAUCAAUGUUACACCAUCAAAUGAAUUUGAAGGGCUGGUGGGAAUGGAAGCUCACUUGAGAAAACUAAACGCUUAUUUACACCUUGAGUGUGACGAAGUAAAGAUGAUUGGAAUCCAAGGUCCAGCUGGAAUCGGUAAGACAACUAUUGCUAGAGCUUUAUUCAACCAACUCUCUGCUGAUUUUCAAUUUAAAUGUUUUCUCAAGAACCUCAAGGAAAAAUAUGAAACAUUUGGUAUGGAUGACCAUGAUUCGAAAUUGUAUUUACAAACCCAGCUUCUAUCCAAGAUUUUGAACCAAAGGGAUAUGAAGGUACAUCAUCUAGGCACAAUAAAAGAAUGGCUACAAGACCAAAGAGUCCUUAUAGUUCUUGAUGAGAUAGAUGAUUUGGAACAACUAGACGCCUUGGCUAGAGAACCAUCUUGGUUUGGUUUGGGAAGCCGAAUUAUCGUUACUACUGAAGAUAAAAAGAUACUGAAGGCACAUUGGGUAGAUGAUAUCUACCAUGUGGAUUAUCCAUCAGAAGAAGAAGCUCUUGAGAUCCUACGUCUAUAUGCUUUCAAGCCAAAUUCUCUAUGGGAUGGUUUUGAUGAGCUUGCAAAGAAAUUAACAAAUCUUUGUGGUAAUCUUCCACUAGGUCUUCGUGUUGUGGGUUCAUCUUUACGUGGUGAGAAUAGGAACGAGUGGGAAGGUCAAGUUUCUAGGCUAGAAUAUAGCCUUGAUAGGAAAAUUGAGAAUGCGUUAAGAGUGGGAUAUGACAAACUAAUGAAGAAAGAACAGUCUCUAUUUCUUCACAUUGCGUUCUUCUUUAACAAUGAAACCAUUGAUCAUCUGACAACAAUGCUAGCUGAUAGUGACUUGGAUGUCAGAAAUGGGUUGAAGACCCUUUCCGAGAAAUCUCUCGUGCAUAUAUCAACCAAUGGGUUGAUCACAAUGCAUUGUUUACUCCAAAAAUUGGGGAGGCAAGUAGUUUAUGAACAAUCUAAUGAACCUGGAAAGCGUCAAUUUUUAGUAGAAGCCGAAGAGAUUCGUAAUGUGCUUGAAAAUGAAACUGGCACUGGAUCUGUCUUAGGUAUAUCACUUGAUAUGUCUAAGAUAAGUGAGUUUUCUAUCAGUGGGCGAGCCUUUGAAGGAAUGCGUAAUCUCCGGUUCCUAAGAGUGUAUGGAAGACAUUUUAGUACAUUGCAGAUGUUAGAAGACAUGGAAUAUUUACCUCGUCUAAGGUUACUCCAUUGGGAUUCAUACCCAGGAACACUUCUUCCUCCAACAUUUCGACCUGAAUGUCUAGUCGAAUUCAAUAUGGCAUAUAGUAAGCUCGAGAAGCUUUGGCAAGGUAUCCAGCCACUUACAAAUCUCAAGGAUAUAGAUUUGGGACAUUCCAAAAACUUGAUAGAGAUCCCCGAUCUUUCAAAGGCUACUAGCCUCAAGACAUUGACACUUACAUCUUGCACAAGUUUGGUGGAGCUUCCCUCUUCAAUUAGAAACCUACACAAACUAAAAAAGCUGAUGAUGAUGGGGUGCGCAAAGCUACAAAUCAUUCCAAAAAAUAUCAACUUGGCAUCUCUUGAGGAAGUAGACAUGAGUGAUUGCUCACUGCUGCGAAGUUAUCCAGAUAUUUCUAUGAACAUCAAGGACCUCGAUGUUGGAAAUACAAAGUUGGACGUUCAUCCAUCAAUUGUUGAACGUCUGCCUCGUCUUGAGUGGUUUCGUAUAGGCAGCAGAAACCUCAAGAGAUUAACACAUGUCCCCGAAAGUGUAACACAUCUAGACCUAAGCAAUAGUGAUAUAGUGAGGAUUCCAGAUUGCGUCAUAGGCCUUUCUAGACUAGAAAGUCUUUUCGUCUUCAAGUGUAGAAAACUCAUGUCACUACAAGGUCUUCCCUCUUCGCUCAAGUACAUAGAUGCGACCGAUUGUGGAUCCCUCGAGAGAGUGUGUAUCUAUUUCAAUGAUCCAAUGAGGGGCCUCAUGUUCCAAUAUCCAAUCAGGGAACUCAUGUUCCAAAACUGCUUGAAACUGGAUGAAGAGACAAGAAGAGAAAUCAUACAACAAUGGGUUUACGAAUACGUAUGUUUACCGGGUAAAGAUAUUCCUGCGGAGUUCACUAACAAAGCUAAAGGAAACUCCAUAACCAUCCCUAUGGUUACUUUCUCUUCAUCCUCAAGAUUCAAGGCAUGUCUAAUGUUUUCGCCAAUCAAGUACUCAUAUCUUGAUAUAACUUGUCGUCUAAUAACCGAAGGAGGUGUCAUCAUCAUGGAGAUUAAAUGGGAUUCAAUGAAUGUUUCUCAUUUUCUUACGGAGCAUCUGUUCGUAUGUGGUGGUAACUUGGUUCAAGAAACACGUAAAGUGGAUGUGCAAGCGACCAAGAUUUUUUUUGAAUUCAGUUGCGUGGAUAACCUCAAGAUUCUUGAGUGUGGUGUACAGAUCUUGAGUGAGGAAACAGAGAGUUGUAAUGGUAGCGAAGUGGAUUACUUCGAUACUGGAGGAAGCCCUGACAACCACACGUAUGGAGAUGAAUAUUAUGAAAUGGAUGAUGAAGUCGCUCAGUCUGAGUAUAAAUAUAAUUGGAGUUGGCUUAAGAAGUUUUGGUAUGGAGAAGAAUAUGAAAGAGACGACGAUGAUAAAGAAGAAUAUAUAAACAACCAUUAUGGUUGGAAUACGGCCAUGAUGAUGAAGGUGUUUGUGGUUGGUAUGUCUUUGCUUUUGCUAUAUCUUGUUAUCACAUAAAUUUUCUGCAAGCAUCUGUACUAUAUAAAAAGAACUAAUUUAGAAACUCCUAAGCUAUGCCACAUCAGCAAAAAUAUUCCUAUCCAAUCAAAGUUACACAUCACUUUUAGUUUAACAAGCCUAAAUAAAAUCCAACCUUAGUCGAAGCCCGUUCUCUAAUCAUAUUACAACGAAGCCCAUUUUCUUUAAGCAACAAAUUUCCAAGAGAUUAAAUAUGACCCACAUUUAUUCAGCCGAUCUUUUUCCUCACCUUUCCAUGCCUUUUCUCUAUCCCUUCUCUACAGUUUAAAGAAAAAUCAAUAGUCAUCAUAAAUUUUAUCAUUUUCUUACUUACCUAGAUCUGUAACUGCCAUCUUCCACUAAUUCUACUAGCUCCGUAUAAAUAUGCUGAUGUAUCCUUCCGCAGCCAGAAUUUCCCUCACAGUUGGUCGCCACCGGCUUCCAUGCAUGCGUGGCUAAGCAAAUUUUUUGGCGAAGCUAUCUACAGCCGGGUCCAGUUUAGAUCUGAUGCUUUUGAAAAAAUAACAAGGUUACGACAUUUAUAGUUACAAAAAUUCUCUCUGAGAUUUUCAUUUCCAUUGAGCUUUGAUUGGUUUCAUGUCCGAAAUCAAGAGAAAAUGGUGAAGGGAACGAUUACCACCAUGGUAACACGUUUAUUUCCAUGGAGCUUUGAUUGUGCAACUGCGCAAGAGCUCGACAACUCAAUCAAGUACAAUAUUUUGCAUUUUUAGCUCAUUUAUUUUUCAUUAUGUUAUGUUAUGAAUAUAUUUGAAUGUGCUUGCGUCUGAAUUUUUGCAGUUAAUGGAAAAUUAUUAGCUCUGUUUUUUUUUCCUUUUUGGAGAUAUUAAAGAUUUGAAAAUGGAUGAACCAUAGUGUCUUCCGUGCGCGAGAGACUGAAACUUGGAGGAUGGUGGCUUUGAAGAAGGUUGGAUUCGACAAAUUUGAGCCAGAGUGUGUACAUGGCAAAAGACUUUGUGAUACAUUUUAAAAAUAACUUGAAGAAAGAUUGUGAUACUUAGGAGACUCAAUUUAAGGAUAACAUAUGUCUUUUCGCAGAAGUCACUCUUCCUCAACUGCCACAUGGCAUGGUUCAAAAACUAUUAGUGAGUUGACUAAAUCCCAGCUUUUGGUUUCAGCCAGAGCCGUGAGUGUUCAUGGAUUCCAGAAAUUACGUGAACCAGAAAGUUCAGAGCUUAGAAGUUGUGUAUCCAACGUUUCCGUACGCCAUGCUGAUGACAAAGAAAAGUGAAUUUUUUGAGGUUCUUUCUAUUGUUUUUUCUCUUCUUUCGUUCUUCAUCUCUAUAUGAUGGGGUUGAAUGGUAUAGGAUGUAGCUUUGGAUCUUUUGCUUUAAUUUUCUUAAAAAAAUUUAACCUGUAGAUUUUGUACCUUUAGCUUUAAAUUUAAUUGAUGUAUUAGCUUUUAAGUAAAAUCGGUUAUCAUCUGCCUAAAAAUCUUAUUGCAUAUGGUCUAAUGUGUACAUUCGUGAACUGUUUCCUUGAGAAGGAUAAGCUGGAGAAGAUGAAGCUCCGGCAGGAUUACCGGAGCUUAUGAGACUCCAAUCUCAUAGGGACUGCUUCUACUAAGUAGACCAUUGAGAACCUGCAACAUUGGAAAGGGGCAGCACAUGAUAGGAUAGUUUAUUCAAUGUAAGUAGAAUGCCCUAAAGGUUAACAUUGAAGGGUGUAUUUCCAUGUAUCUUAAUAUAUCUAAAGAGUUUUACAUCAAACGAAAGUCAAGUAAUUCAGCUCGAGCAAGCAUUCCCAAUAAGUUGAAUCCCAAAGUCCUGGCUCCAGAUGGUCAGAGUUACUAAGAUCUUAAAAUGAUUUAGCAUGGUCAUAGUUACAAAGAUCUUAAAAUGAUUUAGCAUACUUGAAAAGUAAUGUGAGCACGCUUGAACAAACCAAUAAAGUUCCGUUUGAAUGCAAAAUCUGUUUUAAAAGCACAUCGACUGGACAAGUAAUAAAAGCUGGCAAGAAAAAGAAAUAUGAUAAUAACAUGAACACCAGUUUCUCAAACUUGACUCUAAACAAUAGUGAGCGAAGCUAACUACCACACCUCCUUGAUGAUUCUCUCACCUCCAACACAACUUCCUUAAAAAAAUCAUGUCUACCCUAUCAUUUUAAAAAUAUGUUCCACUUUCAGAUAAUUUUGUUACAUCUAUACUAUAUAAUUAAAAAAGUUAAAUGAAUCAUUAAUUCAAAUUGGCACAAAAUAAUGAUGAAACAAAUAGUUUUUAAAAUCAAAUAAUGUAUAAACAUAUACAAAUAAUUUAUUCCAAAAAUGUUAUAAAAUAAAUAGUGAAAUUUUAGCAGAGAGAUAACUUCAAAUAUAUAAUAAAACUAAACUUAUAUAUUUGUUUUCAGUAGUUUGGUGAUAUGAAUAAAUUUAAAAAUAACAAAUCAAACUAUUAAGUUAAAACAGUUUAUUUUUCAAAGUAUAAGAUCAUUAAAAUUUUGGAUUAAAACAAAAAUUUAAAUUUUUUAUAUUUGAUGGAUAUAGAAUUUUUUGGAUGAAACAUUUACCAAACACUAUUAUAUACUAUUUCUCCUAUUUUAAAAUAGUCAAUAGAUUUAUAAUUAACACCCCGAUCAAAAAAAUAACAGCUGAAAAAUUACAUAAAUGUAAAAUAAAAAACAAAGUGAAAUUUAUCAGUUCAAAAAAUCACAACGAAAACUCAAAUCCAUCACCAUAUGUUACACAUUACCUUAGACAUUUUAAUUUUUUGAAAAGUAAAAUGGUAUAAAAUAUUCAAAUAUAUAAAGAUGUAAAAUGAGUUUCAAAAAUAAUAAUAAUAAAGAUGUAAAAUAAGUUUAUAAGGUACAAUCCGCGCGUAGCGCGGACAAGAAUUCUAGUUUUGAUAUAAAAUUGCAUAUUUUAUCUCUCUUUUGUUGCCAUCCAAAUAUAUGCAUCUAUUUAUCAAUUUUGAUCUUACCAUUAUUCGUUCAAAUGUAACAAAUGGUAAAGUAAGUAACGGAUUGUGACAAAAAAAGGUAAAGUAAGUAGGGAAAUUUGCUUGUAUAAAACCAACAAAAAUUUAAUAAUUUACUGUCUAUCUAUUUUAAAUAGCUACGAUACAUGACUGAACUGUCUUUU